AUGGUAGAGGGGCUUGUGAAAACCUUGAAGAGGCUUCAAGAACUGGACAUAACCCUUGAAAUUCUUGCUGAGACUGGAAUUGGCAAAGUGGUAAACUCCUUUCGCAAGCAUGAUGAUGUGGGGGAAGUGGCCAAAACAUUAGUGCAGCGAUGGAAAAAACUUGUUCCAAGUCCAAGUAUUACACAGAAUCAUCCUCCAUCUCCAAAGGAACCAUCCAAGACCGAAAUUCAACAAACGGACCGAGAAGAAAAGAAUCGGGCUUCACAGAAUACAACCUGUUCUGAAAGAAAGUCUAAGAAUGAAAGUUCAGGUUCUGAGCACAAACAUCCAAAGAGUGCUGAGGGUAAAAUUAAAGUGAAGCCAAUCACAAACAAACUGAAAAAUUGCAUGAAUGACCAGAAAGAUGGCACCAAGAAAGACUCCAAUGUGGGCCUCAUAUCGCAGGUUUCAAUCACCGAUAGGAAAUCCUUCCAGCUGAAGGAGAAGCUGAACAGCGACUUGCUUGCUGAGCGAAAGAAUGAAGGCAAGCGUAAAGUUUCUGAUGUAACAAAUAAACAUGGGCCUAAAAUGUCCACAAAAGUUAAAAGUAGCUCUUUGAAGGAAAGGGACUUGAGUGAGGAAAAAAGUGGUAAAGAUAAGAGGAAAGAAAAAUCAGUAGACAUCAGGAAGGACCUUGAGAGUGAUGACUUUGAAAUGCCAUCCAUGUCUUUUGAAGAAUACUUGAGUUAUGAUCUUGAGGCUCCAAAACGGAAGAAGAGAUCAUGUGAAAGUAAAAACCCAAAGCGCAUUAAGCUUGACCAAAAACAGGAUGUCAAAAUGACCAACCCCAGCAUGAAGUCAGGAAGACCCAUAACAGAAGCCCUGACUACAGAGGUCUCAAAGAGAUGUGUGAUGGACUUGCUCAAUGUGCCAUUACCUGCAAUUUCUCCCGAGUGUGAUGAUCCUUCCCAGUAUCAGUACUUCACAGAAAAGAAAGUUGAAGAAAAGGCUGUUGAGGUUUGUGAAGAAGCCGCAGUGUUUACUGGUCAGAGACUGAACAAGAAGAUGCAAGUGUACUCUGGAGCAAAGGUUGUGUUUCUUCCCACCAUGAUGACUUUGUACCAGCAAUGCAUCCGAACACUGCAGAACAAUAUUGAUUCGCUUUAUGAAAUCGGAGGUGUGCCAUUUGAAAUUUUGGAGCCGGUGCUGGAGCGGUGUACGCCAGAGCAGCUGCUGCGGAUUGAAGACUGCAAUCCUGUAUAUAUGGGUGUGACUGAUCACCUAUGGGAGAAGCACUGCCAUCGGGACUUUAGGAACGCUCAGCUUGAGGAGUAUGAGUCUUGGCGGGAGUUGUAUCUUCGGAUCUUUGAGGAACGAGAACGCAAAUUACAAGAGCUCACCAAGAGCAUCGUCUCUGCUCACUCCGGGAAGCCCAAGGGAAGACAGGUGAAGAUGGCGUUUAUUAAUUCAGCUGCCAAGCCACCUAGAAAUGUACGUAUCCAGCAGGAACUCCAUGGCACAGCGGGCCCUGGGCUCCUUCAUGCUGCAGACAAACUCAGUGGAAGAAUUAUGGAGAAUAGAGGUAAACCAAGCUUCACUGAGCCUCCUAAGCCUUUUAACAGUGGAUCAGGAGCCAGUCAGCCCCAAGACUCGCGAAAGAUAAGACGAGUGGCACCAAUGAUGGCCAAGUCUCUGAAAGCCUUUAAGAAGCAGUUUGCACGCAGAUGAAGGAAGGUGGUGAUGGAAUGUAUGGAUUAUGUAUAAAGACUUAUGAACCCAUGGGAACAAUUGUAAGGUACCUUAAUUUUGUCAUGAUUUAGGUUAUUUGCUUUAUUUUUUUUGUUUAGACUGACACUUGAGUAUAUUUUUCUAUGUAGAAGGACAUUUGUGCACUUUCAGUCUGCAUCAAAAACACUACUGAUUGUGCUGUAAUGAAAUUCAC